AUGGGUGAUAUGAAAUCCUUAACUGAGCUGCUAGCCGAUGGGAUUGAAAAUGAGCAAUUUCUCUCUUCAAUUGGACAAUUAAAGUAUGUCAGAAGAUUAUCAUUGCGUGGAUACAGUUUUAGCCAGGACUCACCAUCAUGGCUUUCACCGUCAUCUACAUCUUGGCCUCCAUCAAUUUCUUCUUUUAUUUCAGCAAGUGUUUUAUGUUUGAAACGUUUGCUACCAACAACUUUCAUCGAUUGGAGAUCAGUGAAAAGUCUUGAACUUCCUUAUGUUGGUUUGUCUGAUCAAGCAACUUACUGUGUUGAUUUUAGGGGUUUUUCCUCUCUAGAAGAACUGGAUCUAUCAGGAAACAAAUUCUCUAGCCUGCCUUCUGGGAUCGGCUUCCUUCCCAAGCUAAGGGUCUUGUUUGUCACAGAUGCAAAUAUCUUGUAUCAAUCCCAGAUGUUCCCUCAAGUUUAA